AUUUUCAAAUUGGGUUCAAUUUGUCCAUCUAUUUUUGGCGUGCUGUUGUCAUCAUUCUUAGUGCAACAUUGAAAAAUCGCUUCUCAUUUCCCAUCAAAUCGUCUGCAGUAUGUCUAUGAAACAAUUUUGUAAAACUCUCAAGCAAUGCGCCGAAAAACUAGAAGAAGACUUAAAAUAUAACAUAAACGGUUUUCACAAUCAAUUUUUUGGAAAGACCAUGACAGAAACCAAACUAGCAUUGGAAAGAGCCAAAGACUAUCACUACAAAGAAAUCAUAGAUUCGAUUGCCAUAAUUCUAAAAAAUGUUGAAAUUAUAAUUUUCCAUCAAGACAAAAUCGAGUGGCUGGGUCAAGAGGACAAUUUCACUUCUGAAGAUCUGAAGCGGUUUUCCUAUGUUAAACGGCAAGUUUUUGCUUUUUCCAAACAAGACAACGUGUCCAGAUCGGAAGAAAACCUCAGCAAAAAUGUAAGCAAGCGUGAACGACGCAGAACAGCUUCAGAAAUUUCCAUUGGCACUUUGGAAGCCUGGGAAAAAUAUUUAGAUAAAAAAGAGGACCCAAUCGAAAACAUUGAAGAGAUUAAAAAAAUCGUACCGAAAAGGACACUUUCAAAUGCAAGAGCUAGAAAAAAGUUUGUAUCGUCCACUGUGGGAGGAUUUUUGGAUUACGAAGAAAGACGCAGGAAUUUGGACUCUAUUGUGGAAAGAUCCAGUUUCGAUGAAAGAAAUGAUUUUAAUAGGAUUUCAGAAUGUAUAGAAGAAUCUACAAUACAAAAUAAUGAAGGAAAUGGAGUUGAUACUAAAACUGAUGUAUUCAACGAAGUAAAUAAUAAUCCAAUUAAAGAAGAAGAUUUAGGGGUUGAAAUUGUGGAAAAUCUUGGUGCAGUCAAAAUGAAACCAAAGAUUGUUGAUGUUGUUUAUAAGAAGAAUCCCUCCCUGAUGGAAUAGAGUAUAAGAUUGAAAUGUGAUUAAGAAAUGGAAGGCAGUUUUGUAUGAUAAGUUCAAUGUUGGAACAAAAACAAAUGUUCAAAAAAUGUUUUGUGCUUUAAAUGGGUAUGGGACAUUUCACAAGUUAUAGGGGCUAGAGGCAACGACUGUUAGGUAUAUUGUAUAUACCUACUUUAAGUUAGUAGAUAUUAAUUUAGAUUAUUUGUGGAAGUUUUAAAGUGAAUUUCCAAAUAAAACUGUGGAAGCGUUUUCAUACC